UGGGUUGUAUGCUUAACAACACUGGAAUAUUCACAGAAUUUUCCGUUAAGAGGCGGCUGGACCGCUUAAGAAAACGGAUACAUGUAUAUCAUUUUUGUGAUUUCAUAAUGUAUAUAGCACAACAAGAAACAAGGAAGAACGAAAAAUUCAAGUUCAGUUCACGAUGUAAUGAAAGUGACCAAUUUUUACUGUUACAAUGGAAUUGAAGAACGAGGGGAUGGCUUCCAACAGCAGCGCCGAUGGAGAGUCGGCGGCUUGUAGGAGCCGAAAUGUUGCCAAUGGCGUGAAGACCCCAGAUAAGACUACAUGUUCCAUGCGGUUUAUUCCGCAGCUGCCGCCCAAGUCAAGACUGAUGAAUGGCCGGGCGAAAACUGGGCAGGCCUACGAGCCCACAGAUGUUGAACACAUCGCCAAUGUUGUUACGCAUGGGUUGUGGAUAGUUCCAAGCCUUGCUGGCUUAGUCUACAUGCAGCUUCUCUCAGACAACACCCGAGAGGUGCUGAUAGCAGGAAUCUAUGGGUUAGCGGUUUUGACACUUUUUACUGUCUCAACGGUGUUCCAUACAAUCUCAUACAUUGGAAGAUUCAGACAACUGAAAAACUUUUUCCAUAUCGGCGAUAGGGCUGUGAUAUAUUUAUUUAUUGCUGCAUCAUAUACUCCAUGGCUGACCCUCCGUGACCUUGAACAUUGGGGUUACCACUGCCUUUGGAUUGUCUGGGUCAUGGCAGUGAUAGGCAUUUGGUAUCAGUACACAUACCAUGAACAAUAUAAAUGGUUAGAGACGCUAUUUUAUUUCAUAAUAGGAGUGUGUCCUGCAAUCUCUUGGUUUGCUAUGAAAGAGACAUCAGGCACCUUUGAACUUGUUACCGGAGGGAUAGUCUACAUCAGUGGUGUUGUGUUCUUCAAGUGUGAUGGUCUAGUCCCCUUCGCUCAUGCCAUAUGGCAUUGCUUUGUGUUUGUUGGAGCCAUAUUUCAUUACAUUGCUGUGUGCCGAUACCUCUUGGGGCCCGAAAGUGAUCAAGCACUAGUGAUGGUGAGGGCUGUCAAGAUGCCUUUGAAGGUCUGAACAACUCUUGGAAGUUACAUCAGAAGAAUAAUGGAGUUUAUUAUGUUAUCUGACUGAUCCCUAUGACUAUUCUCCAGCAUUGCAAUUACACAUUCCCUUGAAGUGUGUUUUCAUCGAUUUUCAAUGAGAGCUUUUCUGAUCAUUCAGUAGUUGUUUCUGAAUACAGCUGUAUUCAGUUGUCUUUCCUGAUUUAAGUUAUGUUUGAUCUCAUUUGUAACUCAUGGCUUAUGUAAACCUAUGCCAGCGAGUGCUAACAAUAGGAAGAAGAAGAUAUUUGAAGCCAACGUGUGCAAUAUGUCAUGACAAUAAUAUUCUCUAUAUCCUCAGACUAUCAAUGAAUAUCCUUAGACUAUCAAUGAACUCUUUAAUUUAAGAAUGAGUCCAGUACUUAUGAUAACUUACCGUCAAAAUCAUCUUGAGACAAUCAAUUGAAGAUGUUGAAUACUAGAACUAUAGAUUGCAUUGUCGAUGACAUGCUUUGCCCAGUUCUGAGUUUAAGAUUGACAAAUAGAUGUAUUAUCUAUGUGCAGGCUGGUUGACAUAUCUAUUUAGUCUAGUAUUGAUCUUCAAAUUCCUUGGUUACAAUAUUGGAAGGUAGACUUUCGCUUUGUAGACAUUUUGCUAUUUAUGUGCAUAUUACCGGUUAAAAUGCUGGGUGGUCGAUAAUAGUCGCUAGAAUGUGCUCUAAGUCAAAUAUGUGUGAUGAAGUGGUGACAGCAAUCAGAGUGCAGGAAUCGGGGUAAACUUCAUCACUUAAAAGCCAAAGAAAUGUGCCAUUGCCCUAGCUUAUUUAUUUCUAUGUACAAUGUUGUAUAUGGAGUUUUACAAUAUCACUGUGUUUGUUUGUUUUACAUUGUGUGUGUGCUUGUUUACUUUGUUGAAGUAUAGCUUAGAUUUCCAACUUACUCAACUUUCCUUGUUGGUCUCAGAGAUGGAUUUCUGUAUGUAAAGUACAAUGACGAUGUACAUGUAUAGCAUGUAUUGGUACUCAGAAUUACACCCAAAACGUCAGGGGGAUAAAUUUUCCAAUAUUCAAUCAGAGAUGAAAAAGCAGUUUAGCUAAAAACUUAUAACAAGACAGGCAUGAGAAUGGAACCGUCCAAAUUGUUUAGGGAGAGAAACUUCCUUAGUAUGUUCACAGAUGAGAUUAGCUUGUUUCCAAGGGAACAAUCACAUUUACACAUUGCAUCACGUGUCACAACAGGACACUUUUCCAGUCUAGAUAACUAGUCACACAAGGUAUGAUCAUCACCCUAAGUCGGUCAAUUUUUGGCUUGAACAUUAGAAUGCUCGUGUAAACCCAUGACAUAUUUUUGGUAGUGAUGCACAAGUAGAUAUUGAGAUUAGGUUUUUGAUCACUUCAUAUCAUAUAGCUUUUUGUUCUUCCAGACAAGGGAGCUCCAAGUAGCACAUGUAGUGUAAUGCGUUGAUACUUGGUACAUAUGACCCCCUAUUGGGUAGUACCCAGCCACUCCCUUUCUUUGAUUUGCACUCCAUUUCCUUACCAUGUUUGUAAGAUGUCUAUUCAUGCGUCAGUGCUCUACAUACAGAAAUUUAUCCAUCUUACUGUGUUCUAAUAUAUUACCUCAGAGCUAGGUUUAUAGUUUUUUCCUAGUUUACUUAAUCUAAUUUAUUACUCUUGUGUACCGGUUAUUUCCUUGAAACAUCUGUCUCAUUGUUCAUCUGAAGCUAUUUUGCUGUUCACCAUGUGUAAUUUGUGAGGAGCUGGGAAGGUGAACACAAAAAUUUUUUGAUAUUUUUCAGGUAUUUUCUUAUCAAUCUAAUCUUGGCAAUAAAUACGUAAUCUGAUGUACCGGUAUUUUUAACAUAUCACUAAAAAUGGGUAUUUGUGACACUGAUUUAACGAUCACAAACAUAAUUUCCUUGAAAAAGGAAAUAAUGUGCAUUUACUUAAUAUCAAAACCCAUUACUUCAGCCCCUUUUAAUAGUAAAUACCUCCUUCAUGUGACUUACUCUUCUUUCCAAAACAUGCGCGAUGUCAGAUGCCAGUGUAUGAACAGUUACGUGUUGUUGGAAUUUGUACCAGACAACUAGUUAGGAUGUGUUGUGAUAGUUGAGAUAUAUCAAUAAAGUUAAUGUUGGUAUUUUAAA